UGUUUUCGAAUGGAAUGUAAAUAAAUGAGAGUUGUAACUGGUGCUGUUUCAUGAUUGCACCUUGUCAAUUAAAUCCAUUAGAAAUAAUAACAUGUACAUUGGUUACAACAAAGUUCUGAAGAUGCGUCAAAAUUAGAAUUAAAAGUACAUUUUUAAUCAUUGUAGCUAGGAACCAAAAUAAUAGAAGCAAUGUUUCCGCCGGUUUCUAAAUGUAACGUUAUUGCUGUCAAGCUUGUUGUUUGGGAAGUGCAUGCUGAUGAGAAACAGUGUACAGAAUUAUAAUAAUUUUAAUAAAUACAUCUAUAGGUUUGAAGUUGGGCUGAUAAAGGAUUCUGGCGUGAGAUGUCCAGAUAUUCGGACGUCAGGGUAAACCAUGAGUAGCAAUGAAAGCAUUGAUGGGGAUUAUUCAUAAUGAAAAAAGAAACGCAAACUUCAGGAUCAUGAGGGAAAUCAAGAACUAGACUGUUUAACCACAGUUAAAAGGCAAUAUCCACAUGGGACAGAAAAUGUUUGAAUAAUUUACUCUCGGCAAGACGAGAAGGCACUCAUCACCUUUUAGAAGGGCUUGAACAAAUUAAGACUUGACAAGUUUCAUUAGGGGAAUGGAGUAUAUGAUCUCAUUGCCUUUCGCAGAAGUGCGUAGAGUUUUACUCAAAUUGUACUCAUAGCCUGACACCUUUUAAAAGCACUAACUAAAACAGCUGUUUUCAAAAUGAGCAGUGGCUUAGAGACUUACCACACAAAUGCACAGAAGUGUACUUCCACCUCAAGUGAACCAUUUACAGACUUUGCAUUUGGCAACUGCAUUAAAUCAGAAGGGGAGCACCGGGACACAGAAAACGUUAUAAGGAGUAAAAUGAUGCAUCAGUGCACUGUUUGCUUUAAGUCGUUUAAAUUUGCAUCAAAACUUGAACGCCAUUAUCUCAUCCACACAGGACAAAAACCUUUCACAUGUUUUGUUUGUGGUCGAGCGUUUAGACAGCCUAUACAUUUAAAAAAGCAUCAAGAGACUCAUACAAAAGAUAAAGAUAAUAUUCAGCAUGUGGAAUUCAUGAAUGGGAAUGAAUCAGUCGAUCCCCUCCAUUGCCAAACUAAUAGUGAGGAUUAUGAGUCCAAUGUUACACAUGGCAACCCUUUGCAGUUAUUUCCUAAUGUCCAGGAACUAGACCAAAGGCAGUCAAAACAGCUUGAAGUUAAUAGUAAUGUAAUCCCUAAUGAUCUACAUGGAGUUGAUUGGAGUAGCUCCAAUGGUAUUGACACUUCUGAUUGGUCAGAAUUGGAGAGACAGGUUACACUGAAACAAAUACUUCAAGAGCAUCAGUUUAACUUUUCUAGCGAAGGGAAAACAAUCAAUCAUAACAGGAGAGUUCAUCAGUGCACAGUUUGCCAAAAAUGCUUCAAUUCUCCUUAUAAACUUCAAAGACAUUUCCUUAUUCAUACAGGACAGAAACCUUUUCAGUGUUCCGAUUGUGGAAAGAGUUUCAGACAGUUGGUGCAUUUAAAACUCCAUACACGUACCCACGAAGAACCAAGCACUUCAAUGCAUUCCUUUGAAAAUGUGGAAUUUGGAAAUCGGAACAUCUCUAACAACUGCCAGCAACAUCCCAAUGAUAGUAAAUCCAGUGAGUUUGAGGAUAAUUCUGGGAUUUCUCUACAGUCUUACAAACUUCAAGACCUGGAGUUCAAUAAUUCCGAGAUACCUGAAAUCAGUGACAGUGCUUUUUCAGAUUCUUAUCACCUAGAAGGAUGUGCAUUCAGUAGCAGUAAAAGUUUAGAAUACAAGGUGACUGAGAAAUGUCUUGAAACAGAAAAUAAAUCUGCACACAGGUCUCCCAAAGGCAGACAGAAUAUGAAGCAUCAGUGCAUAGUGUGUUUGAAAUGCUUUAAUUCCCCUUCCAAACUGAAUAGGCAUUCUCUUAUUCAUACUGAUCAGAGACCUUUUAAUUGUCAGGAAUGUGGGAAGACCUUUAGGCAGCUUGCACAUUUAAAAGUUCAUCAACAGACUCACAGAAACAAUAGUACCAUUGGACUUUCUUUUCAUCAGGGCGCAGUUUUGGAUUCAGAUCAAAUUGAUAACCAGGAGCAAAGUCAUGGUGAACAUCAGCCCUCGGUCUGUGAGGUAAAUCCAGCCAUCUCUUUGCAGCCUUAUAACAUUCAAGAGCACAGACCUAAGUGCAUAUAUCCUUCUUCUGAAAUGGAAUGUUCAAUGCACCAACGAACCCCUAACAGUUCCUCCACCAGUGUAGACAGUUUAACAGAGUCUGCACUUGCAUAUGAGUUUAAAACCGAAAGGGACCACAUAGGUGAUGAUUGUGUUCAUGCAAGGUUAAAUUCGGCAAGCAACAAUGAGAGGCAUAAGUGCACUGUGUGCUUUAAGUCUUUUAAAUUUGCUUCAGAACUUGAACGUCAUUCUCUAACCCACACAGGACUGAAACCUUUCAAAGGUCCUGACAGUGAUAUUACAUUCAGGCAGGCAGCUCUUUUGAAGAAUCAUCAAGUGAAGCACGCAGAACUGGGUGAUUUCAAAUACACUUUUCAGAAAGAAGAACUUGAGAAUGUAGGUGAUUCUAUUGAUUCAGCAGAGGAAAAACAAGAUUUAAAAAGCCCAGCUAAACCUGAUAUCGAAUGCCAAGACAAACAAGCAGAAUUGCUUCCUGAAAGACCUUCACAGUCUUAUAGUCUUGAAGAGCAUGAAUUGGAGAAGAUAGAUGAACUUGAACUUAACAUUAUCAUAAAACCAGAAGACCCAGGUGAUUGUUGGCAAGCUAAUGAUACUGAUGAUGUUAUGGAAGCCACAACAUCUGAACAAUGCUUAACAUCAAAACCUAUUCAACAAAAACUUUUGUUCAACCCAUCUUCUGAAAAGCAUAAAAUCAGCAGUAAAGUUCAUCGGUGCAUUGUGUGCUUGAAAUGCUUUACCUCUCCUUACAAGCUUCAAAGACAUUUUCUAAUUCAUACAGGACAGAGACCUUUUAAUUGUUUUGUUUGUGGCAAGACGUUCAAGCAGCUGGACCAUUUAAAACUCCAUCAACGGACCCAUGCAAGACAGGAACCUUUACAUCCAUUUCAGUUAGAGGAGUUGAAGAGUGGCAGUGACUCUCUAGCUCAUCAACAAAACAGUACAGAAAAUAACUAUCUGGAGUCUGUUGUUAGAUCUGACCUCUCUUUUCAAGUGUGUGAUGAGGAUAAACCUGGACAGUCUUCUGUCAGCACUGUUUCUGAGUUAGACAAAAAGAGACAUGUGAAUGGUUUCCGCACAGAUGAAGCACUGGAAUGCUCAGAAGCUCUGAGUUCUUUUUCAGGAGAACAGAUGUCUCAAGAAGAUCUGCUUGGCACUGAGACAGUUAAAAAGCAUAGACUGCACCCAUGCUCCAUGUGUUUGAAAUGUUUUGAUUGUCCUUCCAAACUCCAGAGACAUUAUCUUACUCAUACUGGGCAGAAACCAUUUCGCUGCUUUGCUUGCGGUAAGGAAUUUAGGCAGGCAAUCCACUUAAAAGUGCAUCAGCGUACACAUAGCAAAUGGAGAACUUUUAAAAGUUCCUUUCAGCAGCAGAAGUUUUUGAAUGCAAGCAGCGUAAACGGCAGAGAACUGAACCACAGUAACCACAAAUCUUCUCAAGGAGGACUCUGCCCUGAUACAGUUUCAAAAUCUGGAGCUCUUCAAGACCAUAAUUUAAAGCAAUUGGGAAAAUUAACUGAACUGGACAACUUUUUUGAAAUGGAAGACAAUGCUCAAAGUAACAGAAGAGUCUAUCAGUGCUCUAAAUGUUUAAAAUGCUUUAGUGCCCCAUCGCAACUGGAGAGACAUUACUUGAUCCAUACUGGGCAGAGACCUUUUGAAUGCCACAUAUGUCAGAGGGCAUUUAGGCAGUCGUCACAUUUAAAAGCCCAUUACAGCACUCACAAAGCAUUGGAUUUAACCCAAGACCAAAACCACACCGAGAACAAAAUGUCUGUGGAUGAGGGUGUGUCUGACAUUGUGUCUGAGGCUUAUAUCCCUCGAGACCUAAAAUUAAACCAAUUAGAGCAGCUCACUGAAGCCAUCAUCUCCUUAGAGUCUGACAGAGUUAAAACAAAUGGGCAUGUCUCAAGUGAAAGUGCAACCAUUAUAUCUACAGACAAAAAGAACAGCUCCGCAGAACAAGAAUCCUCCCAACACUGUUCUAUUGAAGAUGGAAAAACUGUUAAGAGACGUAUCCAUCGGUGCUGUGUGUGUCUGAAAAGCUUCAAUUGCCCUUCUAAACUUCAGCGGCAUUAUCUUUCGCAUACUGGGCAAAAACCAUUUGAAUGCUAUGAUUGUGGUAGGAAAUUUAGACAGCUAACACAUCUAAAAAGACAUCAGCUAAGCCACACCAGUAGAAGAACUUUCAAAGGUUCUUUACAGCAAAGGCGGCUUUGGAAUGCAAGCAGAGUUAACAGCCAAGCAAAUAAUAACAAUGACCAUGAUCCUCAAGGAGAUAUUAUAUCCCUGCCUGGUAUCCUUCAAGACCACAAUCUAAAGCAAUCUGAAAUUACUGUCUCCUUAGAGUCCGAUGAACCAAAGACAGAAGAAUUUGCUCUUGGUUGUACCAGCAAGACUAGCUUUGGGCCUCUUGCCCACACUUCUGAUAAUCAAGAGCAUAUUCAGAGUAGUAAAAGGGUUUAUCAGUGCUCUAAAUGUUUAAAGUGCUUUGAUGCCCCAUCUCAACUAGAACGACACUAUCUGACUCACACUGGGCAAAGACCUUUUCAAUGUUAUAUUUGUUCUAAGGCGUUUAGGCAGUUAUCGCAUUUAAAAACACAUCAGCGCACCCACAGUGAUGUAAAGCUGGAGCAGAGCUUGUCUCGGUAUGAGGGAGCUGACACUGCUUCCCAAUUAUGUAUCCUUGAAGAGCAAAACCCGAACCAAACAGAGCAAGUAUCAGAAAGCAGUGUUCCUUUUGAGUUACGCGAUCGUUGUUCCAGUACCAGUGAAAUCUCAGAAUAUGGCAGAGAUCGCGAAUGUCUUCCAGCAGAGCAAGCACUUUACGCGCAUCAGUCCAACUCUCAUGCAGGAGAAAACAAACCCAGCAAACGAAAAGUACAUCAAUGUUCUCUGUGUCCCAAGAGCUUCAAUUCCCCUUCUAAACUGAAAAGGCAUUUUCUUAUUCAUACUGGCCUGAAACCCUUCAAAUGUUAUUUAUGUGCCAAGUCAUUUAGGCAGCUUUGUCAUUUACAGAAUCAUCAGCACACCCAUAAUGAAUGGAAAUUCUGUUCUAUUCAGCAAAUUGAUUUUGAGAAUAAGCAUUCCAACAACGAGAAGCAUCAGUCAGAAAUGAAACCAUCCUCUGGACAGAUGAAUUGUGAUGCCCUUGUGUUUUCAACCACCUCCCUUCAAGAAGAAGAACCAAAAGCAUCAGAGCAGCCUGAACCAGUUUCAGAGACAGUUGAACUUGAUACAAAUCCGUCAUCACGUUGGAAAGACACUUUUGAUGAGAAAGGUUUAUUAUUGAAUCAGAUUGUCGAAGAUCAUCUAGCUACAACGACUAAAAGCAUAGAAAAUGUCCAAAAGAACAAAAGGAUUCACCAGUGCUCUGAGUGUGAGAAAAGUUUUGCUUCCCCUUCCAAGCUUCAAAGACAUUACUUAAUCCAUGCUGGGGCAAAGCCUUUUGAGUGCCCUGUGUGCAACAAGACAUUUAGACAGGCUGCACAUUUAAAAGUCCAUCAGAGAGUUCAUGCAAAAUGGUUUGAUGGAGCAAAUUCCUGUGAACAAACUGAGCUUGAGACUGUGGAUUCUGCUAACAGUGAGGAUCGGACACAUAAUGUGCACCACUCAUCUCUAUAUGAGGACAGUCCCAAAGUCACUUCACAGUAUUCUGUGAACAAGGUGCAUGCAUCAGGGAAAUCAGAAAAAUCGCCACAAAUUUUUGUUUCCCAUCCUGAAAACCCAAACGAAAUCUGGUGCGACUCCACUCCGAGUGAACUAUUUCAAUGUUCAGCAUGCGCCAAUUUUUUUGUAACAGAAAAGAUGCUACAAGAACACUCGUGCACAUCUAAUAAUCAAGUAAAAGAAAAAAAUGCUAACAGAAACCUUUAUCAGUGUGCUAUAUGUUUCAAAAGUUUUGAUUCCCCUUCAAAACUUAAAAGACAUUAUCUCAUUCAUACUGGACAGAGGCCCUUUCAGUGUUCUGUAUGUAACAAGACGUUUACACAGUCAUGUCAUUUAAAAACUCAUCAACUCACUCAUUUCAAAUAAUGAAAUGAAACUGGGGAAGAGUAACUGAAUAUAUUUCUGAACCGCUAAAAUAUGUGUGGCCCUUGACAACUCUGUUCAGUGCGAUCCUCCAUGGGUUCUAUUCAAUGCUGUCUUCUGUGGACUCUUCAGAAUUUCUUGUUUUCUUGUGAAUCUAUAGGCAUUUAAUCAUGACAUGCUCAGCACUGUCUUUUUUUUAUUCAGAUUUUAAAUCAUGUGUUUGUUUUAAAUGUCUGUACAACAGUGAUCUGUCUGUUAAUCCUGUACCCAUGCAAAGAUCUUUAGCUUUCCAGUUGUGCUCGAAAAAAAAGUGACCCUCGACAGGCUGAAAACCAAUAUAUUCUGAAACGCUUCCUUCUGGCUAGUGCAUCUUCAGUCACAUUAAUUUGUGUGUUUGUGGUGGGGAUUUUUUGCAUCUAAAAUUAGAAUCACAUUUUGCUGUGGUUCAAAUUCACUUAAAAAAAAUAAAUGGCACAUUAAAACAUUAAUAACAUUAUAAAUGCAUUACAAUACAUUUUGAAUCUACUUCACUCUCCCAUUCCCUACCAAUGAGAAAAACGAGACACCAACUGUAUGUGCCAUUUUUCAAAGAAGGUACAGUAUAUAUCAUUUUAAUGAAACGGACACAGACCUGAACUUUCAAAUGGCCUAUCUAUAAUUUUGAACUAAUAAUGAAAAUAAAAAAGUCUACUUGAUUUUAUUUGGAUACCAUAUUCAUCAGCUUUUAAGAUCCCACAAAAUAUAAUUUUGGUCACCUUGCUUUUACGUAGAGUUAUCACCAUGCUCCUCACUAGUUCACUGCAUUGUUUUAAUGCUUGUUGUAAUUUGUAUUUGCUGUGUUAAAUACAUGUUAAAUUAUUAUUAUUAUUAUUAUUAUUAUUAUUAUUAUUAUUAUUAUUAUUAUUAUUGUAUUUUUUAUUGCCGAUUGUAUUUAAUGCUUGUAUUAUAACUAUUAGCCACUGUUGCAUCUCAGUUUUUCAUCUCAAUGUGUUUUCUUUUGUGUGAAAUAUUUUCAUAAAUUAUACACUUAAUUAUUGUUUCAGUGAUGACUAAAGUGAGAAUAAAACUAAAUAAGGACCCUUUUGUUUGAAGGGGCUCAUAGAACCAGGAAAACAAUAAACAUUUUUAUCUGCUAUUGUUAGUUUGUGCAGCCUGGCAAAUACAAACAUAUUUUUCUGUGUCAUGCAUGAAGUGAGAUUACACCUGGAAUAAUGUUAAUGGUUUUCUUAUAUUAGAGUAAUGCAGUGUAUAGAAAAGCUUACUUUUUUCUACUUUUUUAAAAGGCUGUUUUAACUUUGACAAUGUGGUACUCAGAAAAUAAUGACUAUUUUCAUAAUUCACAUUCCAUCAUUGGAUAUUUGCCGUACUGCUGACAAACCUAACAGGUUAAACUGGAGUGAAGAAGCAUUCCUCAGGAAAGAGACCCAGCUCCUAUAUAUCUAAACCUUUAUUUUAAUGAAAACAGCCUUUAAUUUAGUGGCAUCAACACGGUCAACUCAACAAACUGGAUGCAAGUGAAAAAGCGAAAUAAUAUCUUAAGUUUUACUACAACUGAAUUGAGCAAUUUUGUUAUAUCUGUGAUGUUUUCCAAAUUAUUAUUUUUAAGUUAAUCUGAAUAUUUAUAAACUUCUUUUUUUUUUAAUGAAUAAAAAAAGUUUCUUGCA